GAAUGGACUGCUGAGUGGAACCUUUCGUCCUAUCGCUUCUUAUAACAGGGGGAUUAAAGUCGAAGGCAGCUAAGCAAAAUGUCUGAGGAGAUGGCGGGCGGUGGGAGAAAGCUUGUAACGCUCGACGACCUCAUCGAUGCACUGGAUAAGCGAGAGAGAGCGCCGAGCAAUGUCCCGAAGGUCGAUACAUUCCACUUCAAGGGAGAACGGGUGUCCGACUGGCUGGACCUGACAGAGCAAGCACUGGUAGGGUUGUCGGACGAGGUCAAGCUCCAGCGAGUCCUAAGAUAUGUCCUUCAUAGCCACCAUCAGGAAGUGGGCAAGGUCGUGGAUGCCGCCAAUGGUAGCUGGGCGAGGUUCAGGGACAUGAUGCAAAGAAAGUACAGGUUGGGGGAUGGCUUGCUAACCAUGGCGGAUUUGGAGGCCAUGAACAAGGAUGACUUCUCCACGAUUGGGGCGUUUGUGCACGAGUUUAAAAGGAAGCCGCGGAAGGUGCACGGGAUCUCCGAAGAAACGCAGUGUGCGAUAAUUUUGGGUCUGCUUACUGGCUCGGAGGCCUCGGAGCUGACGGGUCACGGAGGGGGAAAUGAGAAACUCACCUGGGCCACUAUCGACAAAGGGGUGGAAGAGGGGAGCCUGAACCAGGUAGAGCAGCACCAGGUGCGGCUGCAAACGCGCAAGAGGAAGGAAAGGGACGCCACCGCAUCCGGGACCCCAGGGGUGAAGAGGAUCGUCACGGACGUAUUGGCAGCGCUGGGGUAUGAUAAUGAGGCGGAAGUGCAAAAGAGGGGAGUGACCGUGGCCCAAGGCCGGGCGUUGGGGGCAGUGGAAGAGGAGGCUAGGCGCGAGGACUAUGGCGGAGAAGAGACGGGCUCCCAGAUCCUAACCAAGGCCCAGAGGAAGCAGCGGAAUUUACAAGUGGGGGGUCAAGGAUCCGGAAAAGGGCAGGUUCCGCAAGCGAUUGUUGUGCCACCACCUGCUGCCACAACAACGUCAGCGACGGUCGGGCCGUCAUGUAUGGGGCCGCCGCCGGCUUGUGGGCAUUGGGUGCCGCAUUGUCAGCCUACGUCCUGGCCCAGUUGUGAUCACUACGCCUCGUGCGGGGGUAGUCAGACUCAGCCCGGGCAAAUGGUCCCUUACGCGGGCCCAGCGGCAAGUACGGGGCCCCCGAGCUACCCUGCGGCUCAGGGUCAGUUUGUGGCCCAACCACCUCCCUCCCAACAGGCCACGCAGGCUAGUGUGGUCGGUGGAGGAAACCAAGGACAAGGCGGACAAGGACAACAAGGGUGCCCAAGAGUGGCGACUGUAGGGACAGGCCCUAGGUCAGGUAUGACCUAUAGACCCCCCACGUCGCAUGGGAGGGUGCCGCAGGCGGCUCGGACCAGGAGCCAAAAUAAGGCUGGGCCUAGUCAAGAGCCCAGUCAGGUGCCUAGUCAGGCACCCCCUCGAAAGGAGCCAGAGCCUGGACGUAGGAAGGAGGUGGUGGAGGUUCCGGAGGAAGAGGAAGAGGAUGACGAUGAAGAGGAUGAGAGGCUCCGACAAGAGGAGGACCAGCGGGCGGAGUUGAGGGCCAAAAAGAGGGGGGCCCAAGAGGAGGCCGAGCCAAGCCUGCCCGAUAGCGUGCCUAAGAGGAAGAAGUAUGCGGUCCGGAUGGAGAAAGGCUUUGAUGUGGAACGGGUGGUGGACAAACUCCUGGAAGGCCAUAAUGACUUGAUGAACCUAAAGGACAUCCUGGCGUCGGCGCCAAGGCUCCGUGAGAUUGGGAAGGUGCGAGCCAGGACUUGCUUUGUCGUUAUGCCCGAUGUCGAUCACCCCAUCCUUCUGGGGCGGUCGUUCCUGUGCCGGACGGAAAUGUUGAUCUUCAACAAGCACGACGGGACAAUGUUCCUGCUCCUGUGCGACCCGGCGUGUGGGAAUUAUGAAGUUAUCACCUGCCGGAACACGGGGCCGGAGAGCGGGAGGAAUAGGCACAAUCUAGGCUCGUUCACCUUUGAGGAAUCAGAGAACGAGCGGAGACGGCUUUGGGAAGUGCCCGAGGAGGAAGAUAGGGUUGAGGUGCUGACAUUAAGCCUCACGGAUGUGAAUAAGGCCAUGGAGGUGGUAUCGGCUCACGACAUGGCGGAUCCGGAGGCCAUUAAGGCAUUGAGGRAACAGGUUUUGGAGAACCCUCAGGUGGGGGAGGUGGAGUUGGUGUAUCGGCUUCCGGGAGGGAGGGGAGGCCUUGCGAUGGCCCAGGCCCGAACGACAAGUCGGCCUUUUUUAGGGGAGGGCUUAAGUAGGGUUCCCAAAGGCAGUACAAGACCAUAGAUAAGAAGUGUCGCCCAGUCCCCGUGCUCGUCACAGAGGAUGAGGAAGCCUACUACCAGCGGGAGCGAGGGUUGAUACGGCGUAUGCGGGAGCACGC